AUGUCGUAUAUGCUACCACACCUCCAUUCGGGAUGGGCAGUGGAUCAAGCUAUCCUCGCUGAGGAGGAACGCCUCGUCAUCAUCCGAUUCGGCCACGACUGGGACGAAACCUGCAUGCAGAUGGACGAGGUGCUGGCAUCAGUUGCUGAAACAUUAAAGAACUUUUCUGUGAUUUACCUGGUCGAUAUCACCGAGGUACCUGAUUUUAACACAAUGUAUGAGUUAUAUGACCCUUCCACCAUCAUGUUCUUCUUCAGAAACAAGCACAUUAUGAUUGAUCUGGGCACUGGAAACAACAACAAGAUCAACUGGGCACUGAAGGAUAAACAGGAGUUUAUCGACAUUGUUGAGACUGUCUACCGUGGUGCAAGGAAGGGCCGUGGUCUAGUUAUUGCUCCAAAAGAUUACUCCACCAAAUAUCGUUACUGA